AUGCUCAGAGGUUCAGGCAACAUGAUGAGUGCUGCCAGAAAAAUUCAACCAAAGAGAGGUCUUGAGGAAUUUAUUGAUAAAACUGUUCUUGAAGGAAAACCAUUAGAAACUAGUGGAAGAGCUUGGAGUAUCAAGGAAAUUCGUAGUAAAUCCCUCUCCGAUUUACAAAAAUUGUGGAUUGUUUUGAUGAAGGAACGUAAUAUGCUCUUAACAUGUAGAUUAUUAGCCAAGUCUAUGGGAGGUAGAAUGACACAUCCAGAGCGUUUGGUGAAAGUCAGAACAUCAAUGGCUAGAAUUAAAGAAGUUAUUGCUGAAAGAGAAAGAGAUGCUAAAGAAGUUGCUCUCUUAGAAUUUGAAAAGAGAAAGGCUUCUAAUUAUUAUGCUUUCCCACAAACAAACCCACUAGGUCUCCAAUUAUCUACCGAAGAAGCUCCUUCAGAGACUACCUCAUCAACUCCUUCCCAAUAA